AUGCCUACAGGAAACACUGUAUCAGAUGGUGUUGGUGCAUUUCAAUCCAGGGAACAGAUUAUACUAAAGGAUAAGAAGCAGCUGGACUGCGAAAAUGCCCAGGAUGACGACAACGAUGGCCACUACAAGGCAACGCAUCCGACCUCAUAUAUGGACACAAUGUUGCACCUUUUCCGAGGUAACAUCGGUUCUGGUUUACUCGCAAUGGGCGACGCUUUUAGAAACGGCGGGAUCAUAUUCGCACCAAUCAUGACAGCUGUUCUUGGUGUCAUCUGCGUACACGCACAACAUAUCCUGUUAAACUGCUCAGAGGAGAUGUACCGAGAAACGAAGAGGCCGAAGCCCCCAGGUUUCGCGGACACCGUGUCCCUUGUAUUCGCGCAUGGGCCUGUGAAGCUGCGGUUCUUGGCGCCCACGAUGCGAGCCGUCGUCAACGCAUUCCUCUGCAUCACUCAACUGGGAUUCUGUUGUAUCUACAUCGUGUUUAUCGCGAAUAACGUCAAAAUGAUUGCGGAUCAAUACGGGAUAACAAUCGACUUAUCGAUACAUAUGAUUUUCGUGAUAAUCCCCGUGCUUAUCUCAUGUAUGAUAAGAAAUCUCAAGUUCCUGACGCCGCUAUCUAUGAUUGCGAAUGUGAUGAUGGCUGUGGGUGUGGGUGUGGUGUUGUACGAGGCUGCGCAAGAUCUCCCCUCGAUUCAGGAGAGGACGUUCCUGGCGAGCUGGCAGCAACUGCCCUUGUAUUUUGGAACGGCUAUUUACGCUUUUGAGGGGAUCGGAUUGGUUUUACCCCUAAAGAAUGAAAUGCGCAAACCAGAGCUGUUCCAAAAACCCUUAGGAGUUCUCAACGUGGGCAUGGCUGUAGUGGGCUGCAUUUUCAUCUCCAUGGGCUUCUUGGGAUACCUAAAAUGGGGGGAGGAUGUUGCUGGUAGUAUGACACUCAACUUACCCAGGGGGCAAAUAUUAAGUUCCGUGGUGCAGGCGCUGAUAGCCCUGGCGAUGUUGUUCACGUACCCUCUUCAAUUCUAUGUACCGAUGUCGAUCACUUGGCCCGGUCUGCGCAAGCGCUUCGGACCCAAGGCUUUGGUCGCCAAGGAACUUGGCUACAGAGCUAUCAUGGUUAUGCUAACAUUCGUUCUAGCUCAGUCAAUACCAGAAUUAGGGCUGUUCAUAUCGAUCGUGGGCGCCGUAAGCAGUACGACAUUGGCUCUGAUGUUCCCGCCAAUAAUCCAACUGGUCCACGAGGGCCACAGGAACCGUCUAACCAAAUACAUCGUCAUCAAAGACUGUCUCAUUUUGCUGCUCGGCGCGCUGGUCUUCACCACGGGAACAUAUGAAAGUCUCUCCGCUAUCAUUAAGUUCUUCAGAAAAGAAUCAUAA